UAAGUGGUCUAUAGGGCCAUUACAUAAUAAUGUGAAGAACUGAUGAACUGUUUCCACUAAAUUACAUAAAACAUAGGGACUAAAAUGUAAUUACUGCUGAAAGUAAAUGAAAAACUAAAAAUUAAAUGGUAAAUUGGGUGGUGGGCCGAAAUCUAAAGGAGUCGGCCCACCACCGUGUGGCACUAGGCCGGCAGGCAGGGGGCGGUGGGCCGGCCCAUCCGGCCCGCAGCAGAGGGGCAUGGGGUGGGGCGUCGGGGAGGGGGGUGUUAGGGUUAACCCUAACUGCCCCCACAAUUUCACCGCCGCCGCCGCCGCCCUUUUCGCUGCACACGCCGCCGCCCACCGCCGUCAUUUCGUCGCUGACCGCCGCCAGUUCGCCGCUAUCGACGCCGCCGUGAGGCACCACCGACGCCGCCGAGGUGCGCCGUUGACGCCGUUGAGGUGCGCCGCCUAUUCCACCGCUGGGGGGCGCCGCCGACGCCGCCGCGGGGGCGCUGCCGACGCCACCGCCGCCGAUUCCACCGCCGUCUCCACCUUCAGUGAUAGCGCCGCCGCUACCCCCUCCAUUUCCGCUGCCGCCUUGCUUCCACCGCCACCUCCCACCGCCACCGUCCACUAUCCGCCGCCGCCGCGUCCCUCUCGUCGGCCGGCGGCAUGCCGGCCGGCUUUAGGCCGACGGUCCCGACUCCUCAUCGGAGUUGGAGACCGGCCAGACCCUAACACCGUUCCCCCCCCAUGCCAUUGGGUACCAUGCGGCUCGGGGAGCCAUGGGGAACGGCAAUGAAUGUAUGGCGGAGGCCGGGACGGCGUGCAGCGGCGGCUCCGACGUGGCCACGAGUUGGAGACGGUGUAAAGAGAGGCGGCUCCCCCGUGCGCGCCGCCAUGGUUCCGGUACGACCAAAUCCUGGUGGCACGGGAGUGGGGGAGCGUCGAAAGCUUGGCGUCGGCUGCGACGUUGAUAGAGGUGAGGAAGGAGCGGUUGGUGGUGAUGGAGCGGCGACGAACGGGGCCGGCAGCGACUCCAUCUCCAGUGAGAGAUCACACGGCUUGCCAGGCAGUGUCACCACCGCCGUCCAUCCAUGGUGGGCACAGUACUGUACCCCCUGCACAAGGAUCCGGCGAGGUGCUUCGGCAACCGGAGGCGGAGGAGGAGGUGCGACAAGGACAGGCGGGGGAACCACAACUGGAGUUGCAGUCACACGGCGGCGAGGGUAGUGGCGGCGGCCACAACCCUAGCCCUGCCUCCGCGGGAUCCCCAACGCGUCCUCCUCAUCGAUCGACGAAGAAGAUAGCGAAGCUGGCGUGCGCGCUGAUGGCGAGGGAGGCCGAGAACGGCAUCCAUGAUCCAAUGAAAGUAUCUCCGCAAUACGAGAGUGGGACGGCGGGUGUGGAUGCUGAUCACGUUCCUGAUGGUAGCUUCCACUGCUUUCACGUCCGUUAUAGUGGCAUUGGUACAGCAAAGAUAGAAGGUGAGAUGCUGGAGGCUGGAAAGGUGCACAUAGCUUUGCUCGAGCCCAAGGUUUGAUGCUGCUUCCCGUGCAUACAAACUAAAACAAAGCCUCUGGAGUUUUGGGCAUAGCUCCAGGUUCAAACAACAACCAAUGCAGGCGACUGUUGUCGAAAAUAAACUCCUUUAGACAUGGAAAUCCACUACAGCCUACAGUGAGUCCAUCCCCCAGGCCUCGGGACAAGAAUACUUCAAGAUAGAGAAGCUUGGGUAUGCCCAAGGAGGACGACCACUUUCUGAUCAAUGCUUGUAAUAUUCCAGAGACGAAGAGAGGCAAGAUUACAAAGGGAGACCAUCCGAUCCGAAAAUUUAGAUAUUCCAUUGCCAUCAAUAAAAAGCUCUUUGAGAUCUGGAGCACUACUGCAACAUGAAUCCAUCAAUGUAUCUGAAAACUCAGGAGAACAAGUAACAUGUAAUGAUCGAAGGCUAUUUUUACCCAACUCAUUGAGAGUGAAGUAAAAGGCUUCCUUGUACCUCUGGAACCUUGCUACAUCACCUCCAAAAUCAUAAAUUCCAGGACAAAGUAUGCGCAGCUGCCUUAAUCUGGUUAGCCAACAGAGAGCUCUUGUAAACAUUUUAUGCUGUACCGAAUGCUAUUAAGAUAUAGCACCUCCAAAGCUUGCAAAACUCCAAUUUCAUCUGGCAAUCUCAUUGGGUAAUUAAAAUUUAGGCGCUGUAGUUUUUGCAGUCUACAAACACUUGACGGAAUGUUUAUUUCGUCGACAUCUCCUGCAUGAAUAGUUAGUGUUUCUAGUUGCUGCAGCCGUCCAAUAUCCUUGGGCAGCUCGGUAACAUUUACACCAAAAACCUUCAGAUACUUCAACUGCAAAAGGUAUGUUAGGCUGUUAAUAUGCUAGCUAUCCAGGUUCCUACACCGAUACAGAUCCAAUACCCGCAGAGCAUGGCAUUUCUUAAAUUGUGGUAUUUGUUUCGGUUUAGGAUUCUCAAAGAAGAGCAGCGAACGAACUUGUGAACAGUUGUUCGUAAUCUUCUUGACUAUUCUAUUAUCUGUGCCAUUGGAUGGGAACCAGGUCCUCCGAAUCUUCUUGAAAGAACUCCAAUGCUGUUGUUCAUCCACUAUUGCGACGAAAUUUUGUCCAGUCGAUAGGCUUAUGAUAAGAUCAAGCACAAUAUCAUGAACUCGGCAAUACUUGGCGCUGCCAUCAUACUGGAUACUAACUGGUUGGAUCAAGCUUCUAUUUAUAAGCUCAUUAAAGUAGUUCUCUCCUACUUGCUCCUGUGUUUGAUUCUUCACUUCAACGAUGAAUCCUUCAGCUAUCCAUCUCCAUAUAAGGUCUUGUCUAUCAAUUUAAUAAUCCUCUGGAUACAUUUUUUUUUAG